AUGUAUCAGCGAUUCGAAGCCGAGGAGGAUAUUAAGGAUCUCGACGAAUGUGUCAACCGUCUCGGCAUCGCCACCCACCUCCUCAUCACGGGCACGUAUGUUCACUAUCCUGCGCAGGCCGCUUAUGGGCUUGCACUCGCGACCCGCGGGGAACACGCUGACGAUAUCGGCCAAGUCGAUGAAGGCAUACGACAGCUGCAGUUUGCUCGUAGGGCUUUCUGUGGCGGUGCACACCUCGAAGCCCAGAUUGAGCGCGACUUGGCCACUGCGCUCUUCUACCGAUUCCAGUUGUCACAUCGCUCGGAGGAUCUGGACGACGCUAUCCACUACGCGUCAUCCGCGCUCUCAAGGGCACCGGCGGAUGACCAGCGUCGCGCUGCUCUUGGCCUCGAGCUAGGCCAGAACCUCGCCUUGCGUGCCUCCAAUGACUCUCCGCACAGUCGCUGA